GUUUGAGCACGUCAGCAUGCUGGUCAUUUUGCUGAACUGUGUCACCCUCGGGAUGUUCCAGCCCUGUGAAGACGUGGAGUGUUUGUCAGAGAGAUGCACAAUCCUUGAGGCAUUCGAUGGCUUCAUCUUCGCUUUCUUUGCGGUGGAAAUGGUCAUUAAGAUGAUAGCAUUGGGCAUCUUCGGGCAGAAGUGUUACCUGGGAGACACGUGGAACAGACUGGAUUUUUUUAUCGUCAUGGCUGGGAUGAUGGAAUACUCUCUGGACGGACACAACGUCAGCCUGUCUGCCAUCCGCACUGUCCGAGUUUUACGGCCGCUAAGAGCCAUUAAUAGAGUCCCAAGUAUGAGAAUACUGGUGACCCUGCUGUUAGAUACUCUGCCUAUGUUAGGCAACGUCCUUCUCUUGUGUUUCUUUGUGUUUUUCAUCUUCGGGAUUGUCGGCGUCCAGCUCUGGGCGGGGUUACUCCGAAACCGGUGUUUCAUUGACCAAGAUUUCGCAAACAGUUACAAUCUCACCUCCCUGAGGCCGUAUUAUCAGGUGGAUGAUACCGAGGAUAACCCCUACAUCUGCUCAUCUCACCGAGACAACGGGAUGUUGAAAUGCCAGGACAUCCCCCCCAAAAUCGACUGCUCCAGUUUCAACUUCCCAGAAUUCGGCAGCAGGAACAACUGUGAUCUAAACCAGUACUACAACGUAUGCAAACCCGGAGAUCUGAAUCCUCACAAGGGGGCCAUUAAUUUUGAUAAUAUUGGCUACGCCUGGAUAGCCAUUUUUCAGGUUAUAACCCUGGAAGGGUGGGUGGACAUCAUGUACUAUGUCAUGGAUGCACAUUCUUUUUACAAUUUUAUAUAUUUUAUACUACUUAUAAUAGUGGGUUCUUUCUUCAUGAUAAACUUGUGCCUGGUUGUGAUAGCAACACAGUUUUCUGAAACGAAACAGCGGGAGAAUCAAUUAAUGCAGGAGCAGCGGGCUCGUUACCUCUCCAACGACAGCACAAUCGCCAGCUUCUCUGAGCCGGGAAGUUGCUACGAGGAGUUACUAAAGUACAUCUGUCACAUCUUUAGGAAAGUCAAGAGGCGGACGCUAAGGCUAUAUAAUAACUGGCAAAACAAGCGUCGGAAAAAAGUCAACCCAAACAGUACCAUGAAUGGACAGGGCCGGGGUCGCAAGUGCAAACGAAGAAUCACUUCCAUCCAUCACUUAAUUCAUCACCACCAUCAUCAUCAUUAUCACAUAACUAAUGGUAGUCCUCGUGGGCCCAGGUCAAGUCCCGAGAUAUGUGAUAUGGAGAUGAAGAUCAUGAAGCCCAAAAGUCAACUUAGGCUUCUUCCACCAUCCCCUAGUCAUCAGAAUGCAUCACCCAAAAGUGAGUCUGUCCACAGCAUCUACCAUGCAGAUUGCCACUUUGAAGGACACCAGUUGAAAUCUUGUAAGUCUUCCAAUGCUUCCUCAAACACCAAACUGGAUGUUGCGCUCAACCACACCAACAUGAACUAUCCCACCAUCCUGCCUUCACCCACCAGUAAAGCCAGCCUUGGAACUGUGGCGAAAGCGAAAAGAAGCGGCAGUACUCCAGCCAGCUUGGUGAACAGCCCAGUCAGCUUGAAUGAGUCCUAUGGAAAGAUCCAUCAUGUAGUAGGAGAACAUGGCCUUUGCCGAAGUUCCAGCAAAUUAUCGAAUCUGAGCGUCCCCUGUUCCUUGCCAAGUCCCCAACCUAGCCAGAUCAUCUGUGAGCUCCAGAACUGCCCUUACUGCGCCAGUUUUGUGGAGAAUCCAGAACUGGAACUCAGCGACUCUGACAGCUACGAGUCAGACACCAAUGGAGUGUAUGAGUUCACGCAGGACCUGAAGCAUGGAGACCAAAGAGAUCACGUCCAGAAAGGGAAGACAUUCAGAAGCAAAGAGAAAAAGCCGAAUAAGAUAUGCAAACUUUGGAAAGAAUUCACCAAUCGGCUGAAAAGAAUUGUGGACAGCAAGUACUUCAAUCGGGGGAUCAUGAUUGCCAUCUUGAUAAACACCCUCAGCAUGGGCAUCGAAUAUCAUGAGCAGCCUGAAGAGCUGACCAACGCCCUGGAGAUCAGUAACAUCGUCUUCACCAGCAUGUUUGCCUUGGAGAUGCUCCUGAAGCUCCUCGCUUUUGGAAUGUUUGGAUACAUCAAGAAUCCAUACAAUAUCUUUGAUGGAAUCAUCGUGGUCAUCAGUGUUUGGGAGAUCAUCGGACAGUCAGACGGGGGUCUGUCUGUGCUCAGAACAUUCCGGCUGCUUCGCGUGUUGAAGCUGGUCCGCUUCAUGCCAGCUCUGCGCCGCCAACUGGUGGUCCUGAUGAAGACCAUGGACAAUGUGGCUACGUUCUGCAUGCUUCUCAUGCUCUUCAUCUUUAUCUUCAGCAUUCUUGGCAUGCAUCUCUUUGGCUGUAAGUUUACUCUGAGGACAGACAAUGGAGACACCAUUACCGACCGGAAGAACUUUGAUUCCCUUCUCUGGGCCAUUGUGACAGUUUUCCAGAUUCUUACCCAGGAGGACUGGAACAUGGUGCUGUAUAACGGGAUGGCCUCCACUUCAUCUUGGGCGUCUCUUUAUUUUGUGGCUCUUAUGACGUUCGGAAAUUACGUCCUGUUUAACCUCUUGGUGGCCAUUCUGGUGGAAGGCUUUCAGGCAGAGGGGGAUGCCACAAGGUCAGAGACCGACGAGGACAAAAUCUCUACCAAUUUUGAUGAAGAUUUGGAAAAGCUGAAGGACCUCCGAGCUACAGAGCUGAAGAUGUAUUCACUUGCAGUGACCCCUAAUGGACACCUGGAUCCUCGUUGUGCAAUGCCUCCUCCCAUCAUCAUGCGCACUGCGGCCACCCCCAUGCCCACUCCAAAGAGCUCUCCUUGCAUGGACUCUGUACACACGUUUGUGGAUUCGAGAAGGGGAAGCAAUGUGUCGAUGGAUCCAUCAGUCUGUGAUCAGAAGUCUUUGGCCAGUGUUCGAAGCUCCCCAUGUGCACCUUGGGGCACCUACAGUAACUGGGGGAGCCGUCGCUCCAGCUGGAACAGCAUUGGUCGGGCACCAAGCAUCAAGAAGAAGAGCCAAACUGGGGAAAGGGAAUCUCUACUCUCUGGGGAGGGCAAGGGCAGCACCGAUGAUGAUUCCGAUGACUGCAGGUCCAGCUCAGUGGGCAGGAUAUCCAUCCAUCGCCGGGCAGGAUCUCUGGACACCCGGGGGUCUCUGGACAUUCCAGAGUUCCUGCAGGUCCCCACUUUACGACACUCGCUUAGCGUCAGCCCUUUGGCCAUGGUGCCUGCAGACUACCAAGACUGCAAUGGGAAAAUGGUACACGUGCCCAGCGAUCUGUUUGUGAGAGUAGACAAGCACAAAGAGGAACCUGUGGACUACGAGGACGACCUUGAAGAUAGUUACUGUUUUCGUCUCCGCAAGAUACUAGAGCCUUACAAGCCCAAGUGGUGCAAGACCCAUGAAGACUGGUCACUUUACAUGUUUUCUCCUCAAAACCAGUUUCGUAUGAUGUUCCAAAAGGUUAUUGCCCACAAGAUGUUUGACCACGUGGUUCUCGUCUUCAUCUUCUUGAACUGCAUCACCAUUGCCUUAGAGAGACCAGAUAUCGACUCAAACAGCAUGGAGCGAAUAUUCCUGAGCGUUUCCAAUUACAUCUUUACGGCGAUCUUUGUUGUGGAGAUGACCAUUAAGGUGAUCGCCUUGGGUUUCUUCUCAGGAGAACACGCUUAUCUUCAGAGUAGCUGGAAUGUGCUGGAUGGAGUCCUGGUGUUUGUGUCCAUCAUUGAUAUCAUUGUGUCCUUAGCGUCGGCUGGAGGAGCCAAGAUUUUGGGGAUCCUGAGGGUGUUAAGGCUUCUGAGGACCCUUCGUCCAUUGAGGGUCAUCAGCAGAGCACCGGGGCUGAAACUAGUGGUGGAGACGUUAAUUUCCUCUCUUCGACCUAUAGGAAAUAUUGUCCUUAUCUGCUGUGCUUUUUUCAUCAUCUUUGGGAUUUUGGGAGUUCAGCUUUUCAAAGGCAAAUUCUACUCCUGUGAGGGUCCGGACAUCCGGAACGUUACCAACAGAUCAGAAUGCAUUGGGCCACGCAAGUGGGUGAGGCGCAAAUACAACUUCGAUAACCUCGGCCAGGCCCUCAUGUCACUUUUUGUCCUGUCAUCCAAAGACGGCUGGGUGAACAUUAUGUACGAUGGACUUGACUCUGUGGCCACCGAUGUUCAGCCAAUCCGGAACCACAACCCAUGGAUGCUGCUGUACUUCAUCUCAUUCCUCCUCAUCGUCAGCUUCUUUGUGCUGAACAUGUUUGUGGGCGUGGUGGUGGAGAACUUUCACAAGUGCCGCCAGCACCAGGAGGCGGAGGAGGCCCGUCGUAGGGAGGAGAAACGGCAGAGACGUCUGGAGAAAAAGCGCAGGAGUAAGGCGUUGUAUAUGUCUGAGGCCCAGAGGAGACCAUACUAUGCCGAUUAUUCCCCAACGCGGAAAUACAUACACUCACUGUGCACCAGCCACUACCUGGACCUGUUCAUCACCUUCAUCAUUGGUAUCAAUGUUAUUACCAUGUCUAUGGAGCACUACAAUCAACCCAAGUCCCUGGAAGAGGCUUUGAAAUACUGUAACUACGUCUUCACCAUUGUCUUUGUGUUCGAAGCUCUCCUCAAGCUGGUUGCCUUUGGAUUUCGAAGAUUCUUUAAAGACAGGUGGAAUCAGCUGGACCUGGCGAUUGUGCUGCUCUCCAUCAUGGGCAUCACACUGGAGGAGAUCGAGAUCAACGCUUCCCUUCCCAUCAAUCCCACAAUCAUCCGCAUUAUGAGAGUGCUGAGGAUCGCCCGAGUGCUGAAGCUUUUAAAGAUGGCCACGGGAAUGCGAGCUCUGCUGGAUACAGUGGUCCAGGCUCUGCCACAGGUAGGAAACCUUGGACUUCUCUUCAUGCUCCUGUUUUUCAUCUACGCCGCCCUGGGAGUGGAGCUGUUCGGGAAGCUUGUGUGUACCGAAGAAAACCCCUGCGAGGGUCUCAGCAGACACGCCACAUUUGAGAACUUUGGAAUGGCUUUCCUGACGCUCUUCCGCGUCUCAACGGGGGACAACUGGAAUGGUAUCAUGAAGGACACACUCCGCGAAUGCAACAGUGACGACAAGCACUGCCUCAGCUACCUGCCCCUCAUCUCCCCGGUCUAUUUCGUUACCUUCGUCCUCAUUGCCCAGUUCGUCCUGGUCAAUGUCGUGGUGGCCGUCCUCAUGAAGCAUCUCGAGGAAAGCAAUAAAGAGGCCAAAGAAGAUGCAGAGAUGGAUGCAGAGAUCGAGCUGGAAAUGUCAAGAGCCGUCACCCCGGUAGUCCCCCCGGCAUUAGACGGCAAGGCAAUUGCUGGCGGUCAAGUGUCAAUGAAGAAAGAGCUGCCAGUGCUGCUGAAGCGAGCCAGGGGGGCACUGAGCCACGAGAAUGUGACUUUAUUGAUUCCCAAUACAUUGGAUGGUUCGCUCGUGCGGAAAGAGAAAAGACCGGGCUCCCCCGUGCCCUGCCAGCAGGCCUUGCCACUUCCCCUCCUGCCCUGCAGCUAUGGGCCUGAGGAUGGUGAUGUCUACAUGAGGGAUGGAACCGGAUCCCAAAACUUGCUGACGGUCAGAAAGGUGUCCGUGUCCAGGAUGCUCUCGUUGCCCAAUGACAGCUACAUGUUCCGUCCCGUGCUGCCAGCCAAGUCAUCGUACCCUCUGCGGGAGGUGGAGACCUAUGAGGAUAGCCCUCCUGAAGGAUCCCGUCUCUCAGUCCGUUCCCAACCAAAUGAAUCCGGCAACUCUCUGCAAACUCCUGUGGACUGUCAGCCCCUGGCCACAUCGGGCUGCCACGUGGACAACGAUGACAUGCCUAAAAUUCCACCUCCACGACCAGCUUCCAGGUCGCCCAGCCUAAACAGAUUUCUCCAACGGCAGGAGGCCGUACACAUGGAUUCGGUUGACUAUCAGAAUGGCGACUCCAAGGACAGCCUUCAACCUGAAUCAACAGAGAGUUCAAAGUUGAAAACACCUUCACUCAGCAACCUUCUAGCUUCGAAUUUGCUCUGUCCAACUCCCCUAUCGCUGCAGGGAACCCCUCAAUCUUCUCCCAAACCAUCUCCCCACCACAGACAUUCCAGCGUCCAUACUCGCAAGCAUACGUAUAGCCAACACAGUAUUCCCAGCCGCCCUUCGAGUGCGAGCAGUGACAACACCAACCCUGACGAGUCUACUCUAGAGUCCUCGGAUCCAGCUGAUGAAGAGGUCAGCCACAUAAACAGCCUGGCCAGUGGCUGGUGUGGACAAUCCAAUCAUAGAAGUCACUCCGUUUCUCCAUUCAUCUCCCAAGUUUCAUCUCCUCCUUUUCCUCCACUACUUAAGAACUGCAAUAGCACAGCCAGCCUGGUUGGGACCAGCAACGGCAAAGACUUGAAGAAGUUCUACAGUGUUGAUACUCAAGGAUUUUUAGCAAAGCCCAUGUGGGCGGAAGACCAAAGGAGGCACUCAAUCGAGAUCUGCCCCUCCAUUGAUGACGAUGGAGAUUCCUGCUUCGAUCUGUCCAUCGAUGACAAGCAGGACUCUUCUGUUCUCGUACAGUCUGACCCAGAGUACAUCAAUGGGGUUCGAAGGAAGAAGAAGAUGAGCCCGCCUUGCAUUUCUAUAGAUCCUCCCAUGGAGGACGAGACCGGCACAGCUUCACGUACCAAAGCAUCAGAGAACAGCAUGUUACGGAGGAGGACACCGUCGUGUGAAUCCACGGCAUACCGGGACUCUUUAGACCUUAGUGACAACCAAGUUGCAGAACAGCAAUCUAAAACCGAAAGAUGGAGCCAAGCGCCUUGUCGCAACGAACACUUGGUCAUUCUCGGCUACUCUUUCGACCAGCGGGAGGCAAACAGCUUCUCAGAACUUUUAGCCGAGGGUGGACGGCCCAGUUCUCCAUCCGUAGUCAUCAUAGACUCCAGGCCUGACACGGGGGCGUUAGAAAUUAAGCAACUAGACCAUCUUCAUAGCAACAAUUCUGAAAAGAACAUAGAUUUUACAGAAGUGAAGAGUUCUUUAAAAAAUCCUGCACUAGUCGACGCCUCUAACACAUCGGGCCAAGUGACAGACAAACCGUUAUAGCUUGUAAGGAUACAAGGGCUGGUGACGAACCACUGGAUAGACGGGUCUAAGAAAGCCCCUUUGGGUUAUUAGGGUUUUCAAUAGGUGGGAUUGGGGGGGUCCACAUGGGAGGAUGGAGAACGACUGAUGGUUGGAAUAAAAAUAAUAAUACAUUUUUGAUUUGUUUGAUUUUAUAAACGAAAUACGGAGACGACUUCCCAUAUAGCCUCAAUCACAUUGAUUCGGGUUUUAUUUUAAUGUUUUAUUUUGGUUUGUUUUUUCUUGUUUGUUUUUUGGGGGGGUUUGUUUUUAUAUUUUUAUGGCGGCACUUUUUUUUUUUAUUGUGCAGAGACACAGUACGCAGAGGUGCCAACAGAUGAAGCCUUGUACAAUAUCUGUAUAUCAGCAGUAUAAAUAAAAUAGAAAUAAUGUAUUUGUGAAAA